GGAUCUACCGUGUUUCUAGCACUUUAAGCACCUCACUGUCGGUCUACGUACCCGUAGUUCGUCUGUUCUUUCUCGACGGCGUAGAGUCCAGUAAUCAUGGUGACGAUGUCUGAAACGCGGGUAGACGAACUCGUGCAGAAUGUCACACUGCACGUACCUCGAAAAUUGUUAUUUAACGGUUACAUACUGCCAUUUGUUGUCCUACAAGCUGUGUGGAUUUAUAGUUGGAUUUUUAUUUAUGGAAUCGACGAAUAUUAUGAUGCUGGUUUGGUGGGCAUUGCGGCUAUUGGAUUGUUACAGAUUUUCGUCUGCCUAUGUUGUCAGUGGUCAGUUCACGUGCAAAGUUUUCUAAACUGCAGCUCUACGAACGAUCCGUACACGGCUAAAGUAGCCAAAGUUGUUCCGACACCGAAUAAUGGAGGUUCAGAGCUUGUCGUACUACAUCACAGCAGUAGUCAAGAACCGUGGUUCAUCUUCCAAAAGACCAAGUACUCAUGGGAUCCAGACAAGAAGACAUUCAAGGGCUUAGAGUUUCCUGUUGCGAACUCUAUUCAGCAUUAUAAUAGCUGGAAGGGUUAUCAGGAAGCAGAGGAAGUUACGGCUGCUGAAGAAAAAUAUGGCAAAAAUAAUCUCGAUAUGGUUGUACCUGAAUUUAGAGAGCUUUUUAAGGAGCGUGCCAUUGCCCCGUUCUUUGUUUUUCAAGUAUUCUGCGUUGCGUUGUGGUGUCUUGACAAAUAUUGGUAUUACAGCAUCUUUACUCUCAUUAUGCUUAUCAUGUUUGAGUGCACAUUGGUGCAGCAACAACUUAGAAACAUGGCAGAAAUUCGCAAAAUGGGUAAUAAGCCAUACAUGAUAAUGGUAUACAGAAACAGAAGGUGGCGAACUAUAUUUACUGAUCAACUGGUUCCUGGCGAUAUUGUUUCUAUCACACGAUCACAGAAUGACAACCUAGUUCCAUGCGAUAUGCUUUUAUUGAGAGGUCCUUGCAUUGUUGACGAGAGCAUGUUGACUGGAGAGUCAGUACCACAAAUGAAAGAACCUGUUGAGGGACUCGAAGGAAACAGAGAUUUGAAUAUUGAAGGGGAUAGUAAACUACAUGUCUUAUUCGGCGGCACCAAAGUGGUCCAGCAUACGUCCCCUGGGAAAAGUACAACAGGCCUUAGAGCAACUGACAAUGGCUGUGUGGCUUAUGUUUUGCGAACUGGUUUUUCAACGUCACAGGGAAAACUAUUAAGAACUAUUCUGUUCGGAGUAAAACGAGUAACGGCAAACAACUUGGAGACAUUCGGCUUUAUCUUAUUCCUGUUGAUCUUCGCAGUUGCAGCUGCUGCAUAUGUUUGGAUUAAAGGAAGUGAAGAUCCGACAAGAAAUAAGUACAAAUUGUUUCUCGAGUGUACUCUCAUUCUCACAUCCGUUGUGCCACCAGAAUUACCAAUAGAAUUGUCCCUGGCAGUCAACACGUCAUUACUGGCCUUAUCUAAACUAGGAGUCUACUGUACGGAGCCUUUCAGAAUUCCAUUUGCUGGAAAGGUAGAAAUUUGCUGCUUUGACAAAACUGGAACCUUAACGAGUGACGAUUUGGUUGUAGAAGGAAUUGCAGGAAUAAAUGGGAAGUCUGAUGUAAUUCCUUUGUCUAAGUGUCCUGUAGAGAGUGUACAAGUAUUGGCAACUUGCCAUUCCUUGGUUCAAUUGGACGAUGGAAUAGUCGGAGAUCCUCUUGAAAAAGCUACUCUGUCUGCAGUCGACUGGAAUCUUACGAAAGGUGAUGUUGUUAUUGCAAAGAAAGGAAAAACCCCUGGAUUAAAAAUUUUCCAAAGGCACCAUUUUUCCUCCGCGUUGAAGAGAAUGUCAGUUGUAGCUGGCUACAUAACUCCUGGUUCUACAGAGCCGCAUUAUAUUGUAACUGUUAAAGGAGCACCAGAGACACUUAAGUCAAUGUUCUCAUCCACACCAGAAAAUUAUGACUCUACUUAUUUAUCGCUAUCUCGCCGUGGCGCAAGGGUCCUCGCACUAGGUCAUCGCACUCUUUCAUUCCCGCUGUCUGCUCAGGAACUAAGAGACAUGACUCGGGACCAGUUGGAGUCACAAUUAACGUUUGCCGGAUUUGUGAUAAUUAGCUGCCCACUAAAGACUGAUUCAAAAGCUGUUAUAAAAGAGAUUAUUAAUGCAUCUCAUUCGGUAGUUAUGAUAACGGGUGACAACCCGCUAACUGCUUGCCAUGUUGGCCGGGAAUUACAUUUUACAAAAAAGACUGCAACAUUGAUAUUAACGCAAACUCCUAGUGGGUGGAUAUGGGAAAGUGUGGACCAGACGAAAAAUUUGCAACUGAAUUCGAAAGAUGAUAGCAAGAAGGGCAAAGAGCUUUGGAAAGAUUAUUCACUAUGUAUUACUGGCGAGGGUUUGACGUUUCUAAAAGAAAACUACAAAGAUUUACUGUAUCAACUACUACCGCAUAUAGCAAUAUUUGCACGAUUUGCCCCAAAGCAGAAGGAAUUCGUUAUAACUGCUUUGCAAGAAUUGGGGUACACGACACUGAUGUGUGGUGAUGGAACAAACGAUGUAGGGGCUUUGAAACACGCUCAAGUCGGGGUUGCCAUCAUUUCAAAUGCGCCAGAGAGACUUCCCGUUGAAAAACGAGAAAGCCCCACCCCUCCUAGCGUGGUUAAUGGCCCAAGAACCAACUCCAGACACGCAAAUAGUACACAGGCAAAGAUUCAGAAGAUCCUUAAGGAAUUGGAGGAACAAGAUCAAUCGCAAUUAGUAAAAUUGGGGGACGCAUCUAUAGCUGCUCCUUUCACUAGUAAACUGUCAUCUAUUCAGUGCAUUUGCCACGUGAUAAAGCAGGGUCGUUGCACUCUGGUCACCACACUGCAAAUGUUCAAAAUUCUUGCUUUGAACGCUCUUGUUCUUGCUUACAGUCAGUCGGUUCUGUAUUUAGAUGGAAUUAAAUUCAGUGAUGCUCAAGCCACUCUGCAAGGACUUUUGGCAGCCUCAUGUUUCUUAUUCAUCUCAAGAUCAAAACCACUCAAGACAUUGUCUAAGCAGAGGCCGUUACCCAAUAUUUUUAAUUUAUACACGAUUUUAACGGUGCUACUUCAGUUUGCAGUUCACUUCAUCUGCCUUAUUUUCCUAGUCCGAGAAGCUGCCAUUCGUUCACCUAGAAAUGAUACCUUAGCUACACUACUUGCCCCGAAUGAUGACACAGGCAUAUCGUCGUCAUCAAGUGAGGAUGAUGAAGAUGGUGAGCCUUUCCAAGCGGAUUUAGUGAACAGUACUGUCUAUAUAAUAUCUAUGGCUCUCCAGAUAUCUACUUUCGCCAUAAACUAUAGGGGACAUCCAUACAUGGAGAGCCUCUCUGAGAAUAAGGCCCUCUUGUAUAGCGUGGUCGGUAGUUCCUUGUGUAUCCUAGGAUUGGCGUGCGGGUUCUUGCCUGAAAUAUCAGCUCAGUUUGAAAUUGUUGAAUUUCCAGAAGACUUUCGGUUAAUUCUGGUGCAAGUAUUGUUUGCUGAUUUUCUAUUUGCGUACAUUGUCGAUAGAGUAUGCCGGUGGCUGUUUGGUGAAGGAAAAUACCAGAAGCUAUGAUCUACAGAUAGUUGAUUAAGUAUUUUAGCUAUAUAGUUGAUUUUCAAAAAUAUUCUAAUAAAUCAACAGCCUUAUUCUGCGGCUGGAUAGUGUUACAGUUGAAUCAAUGCUCUAGUAAAAUUCAAUAUUCAAUCUAGUUUCAUGGAGGAAUCUGUUGGGAAACAAUAUGUCGUAAAAAUUUUAACCUUACGUAUUUUAUAUAUUAUAGUAGUUGUAUUCUGAACCGUAUAAUCUAGCCUAAACAUAAUUAGUAGCACAAAAUAUUUACACCGAAUCCGCUGUCAUGUCCUCCUUGAAACUUUUCUAAGAUAUUUUCGUAAUUCGAAUAUUUUUGCAACUUAGCACAUGCAAUUAAGCAGAUAAAUUUAAGAUUACGCAGCAUGUAACCUGGUACCUGUGAUCUCGGUAAGAUUUUUGAAAAAUUUAUAAACGAGUCCACAAACAUGGAAUGCAAAGCAUACCGCCAUUCGAUUUGUGAUUGCUCAACCAACAGAAACCGUACAGUCAUAAAACACGGCUAUUUUUUGCACAGUUUCAUUGGAGUUAGAAUGACGAUAAAAAUGACUCACAACUCGUUUGAUGAUAAGACCGCCUUUUGGAGUGCAGAGUAAGGCUGCGUAUAGGAAGAUAUUGAUCGUGUUACCGUGUAACGCGGCCUCUAAAUGAAUAUAUUCUUAUAAUUACAGGAUUUUGUCAAGCGACAAAGCACACUAUUCUACAAAAAUUCUCUUAGUGUCAAUUAGUUCGAAAGACAUCCUGUGUGGAGUACUUCAGAUGAGUAUAUGUAUAUAUUAGGUAUUUGCAUUUGCGUAUGCAAACAGCGAUACGUAUAUAAACGUACAUACGGUCGCGUAUAUAAGCAUAUUUAUUAGAUCGAUUACUCGAGGAAGCCACCCGUUCUUUACGAGUCCGUGCGACGUAAUUUUUCAUCAAAGAAUGUAUAGAAGUGAUAAAAAUCAAAGGCUAGCUAUAUGCUUAAACAUUUUUUGCACUUACACAUAUGCGCCACGUCUUUUAAAAUUGAGAUUGUAAAAUUGGUAUCGUUACUAACAAAAUUUAUACACAUUCCGCGCGCGGGACUCGUAACGGGAUAUUUCUUUCCAUCCUUGGGAGUAAUCGAUCGAUGUAAUGAAACGUGUUAGACCAUUAAUGUUUUAAGAGUGAUAAAUUUGCGGAAACUUACGUUUGAGAGCAAAACUGUACCGCGUAGCUUAUACACAACCAGAUUAGUUUCUUUUUCACUGCCAUUUACUUUGGAGAGCUGUUCAUUCUGCUACGUGGUCAGUUUUAUGCUCGGUAUUACGAUAAUGUAAAUCGAUCGAGAUUCUAGAAUUUCAAUUUCAGAUGUUAAACUUUGACGAAAUACUUCAAUACUGAAUUUGUGAAGAACAGAUAAGAAAACGGGUGACAAAACAAAUUGUAGGUUCUACGAGUUAUCUGCACGUUAAUUUAUCCAAAUUUUUCGUUUUGGUUUCUGCAAAUUCCUGAUCGGUUUAUAUCACUGUAAUUUAUUAUGAUAUAGACAGUUCAAUCUGUAGGAUGUAAGUUAUCAAGCGUCCGUAAAUUGGGGACAGAUUUUAUACACAUGCAUACAAAUACACUAUGUUAAGGCAAAUGUGAUUUUGAAUUGAAGGUGAGACGUGUAGUAUUGUAACAUAAUCUUAUAGCAGUACUAAUAACAUUAUCAAUAAAUACUGAACAUCAUUCCUUUAUCAAAAUGA